CGUCCUAAAUACCUCUAGGACGUCCUGUAGACUCUCUAGGACGUCCUUAAGAUCUCUAGGACGUCCUGUCACGUGGAACCAGGUUUAAAGUAUAGCAUUUUAGCUUUCGACCAAAGGGGAUAUUAUCGGCAGUGCGUUUUGUCUGUUAUGUCGACAUUGGAUUUGGAUUUUGACUAAUGUAAAAGAAUUUAAGAAGAAGGGACUUGCAAGGAACGGAUUGUGACUUGGGAAAAAGGUAUGAAUAGUUCAGGUAUUGGGAACUCCAAAAGAGACAUUAUCACUCAUUUUUUUCGUUGUGGAUAUCAGUAUUAAGACAUUUUAGAACUCAUUCGCCGGUACCACGAUAUUUCAAUAAGUAUGAGAAUUUUGCAUCGCUUUUUAAAGGAAUAUGGCCUAAAGCGAAAGUGUGCUGAUGUAUCAACAUCCACGAUAUUAGACAAGGUCAGACAAGAGAUUCAGGAAGUUGGAGGAAACCGUGGAUACCGUAGUAUAUAUCAGCAUUUGUUAGAAAAAGGAAUACAAAUACUAACCAGGUUAGUUAGAGCAGGUUUAAAAGAGCUAGACCCAUCUGGUGUUGAAAGGAGAACAAAGCAUCGAUUGAAAAGAAGGGUAUAUAGAACAAAUGGUCCAAACGAUGUCUGGCACAUUGACGGGAACAAUAAAUUGAAACCCUUCGGGUUUUGUAUCCACGGUGGAAUCGACGGUUUCAGUCGUAAAAUUAUUUGGCUAGCUGUUUCAGACACAAACAAGAACCCAUUUAUUAUAGCUCACUAUUAUACUAGUGCAGUGAAGACUUUAUGUGCCGUGCCAAAAUUAAUUAGAGGGGAUAGAAAAUGUGAAUGUAUGUGGCAUCCAACGAUUCCUUCGAAGAAAUCAUCAUGAUUCAUGGAGUGGUUGGAACAGUUUCAAGUACGAAAAAUCUGUAUCAAAUCAACGAAUAGAGCAGUGGUGGUCAUAUUUGAAAAGAAAUACCACUCAGUCUUGGAUAGAUUAUUUUAAAGACCUGUGAGACCAGGGACAUAUAUGACGACAGCAAUAACAUUCAUGUUGAAGCAUUGAAGUUUUGUUACUACGGUCUCAUUCAGUUACAUUUAGAUCAAUUUAAACAUACUUGGAAUCACCACAAGAUAAGAAGUACAAAAUAUUCAGAAAGCCAAUCUGGAAGACCUGACUUAAUGUUUUUUCUACCACACAACUACAAUGCCAUAGAUUGUGCAUUCGUAUACAAUGCAGACGAGCUCGAAUUGGCUGAAUCCAUGUAUUCAAAAAAACCUCGAGCUAUUCCUUGUCAGAAUGAGUUUAUAGAACUAUCAAAUAUUUUGAUGGAAGAGCAGAAUUUGCAGCAUCCGCGUUCACGCGAAGAGGCUGAACAUAUUUAUUUAUACCUUGUAUCGACAAUAGAAAUGUUGUAAUUUUAAAUUUUAUUUAUAAAAUUUGUGUGAAAUAGAAAUGAAAAAUACGUACAAUUUUAUAUCUUAAAAAACUGUAUUUCAGUAGUAAAAAGAACAAAAACAAAAUGAUACAAUAUAAAUCACGUCAGAACUUAACAAACAUAUAUUUAACAAAACACAACUGAGUCUUAUUAAACCACGUAACCUUAUUGUGUACUUUUGAAUCUUGUCGGUGAUGACUCAACCAAAAGAAAUGUCACAAGUUAAAGAGAUCAUAGCCAAAAAAGGAAAGCAAAUGUUGAAAAAUUUCUUCGAAACCAACAAGAAUAAUCUAUCGUUAUAAAAUCAUACACAUUCAGAAAUAAAACAAAAAUAGAAUAUACUUCCAAAAAUACGCUGUUUCAUUUUGUUAAAACUAUUUCCUUUCAAAAUAAGGUAAAGAUACUACACAAUGUGUCAAGCAAAUAUUUAAACCUAUGUAUGAAAAUUUAAACAAAUAAAUGUUAAAGACUAAAAAAUAACAUACUCUUUUCCGUAAGUUAAC